CUCUUCUCCUCAGCCUGCUUGUGAAUCAGUGCUAUCUUGUUCCUCAUCUUCUCUACAUGCUCUGCUUUCUUCUUCUCCAGUUGCUCCUGCAUUCACACACAACAGGAAUUAGCUCAUCACUGUCCUAACAGAUUUCUGGCUCAGUGGCACUUCAUACCUCGACCUUUGUCAGUUGGUGUCCGAGUGAUGCCUUCUUUGUGUUCGCCCAUGUGUCGACUUCAGCCAGGAUCUUUUGGGCCCUUGAAUCAUCAAACACAUCAUCCAGAUUGAUUGGGGACACCCUCUCUCUCUCACACACGCAAUCGUUAAUCUGAAAUCUGAACCAGCUUAAGCUCAAUCAUCAUCAAUGGCGACGAUGAGCAGUAGUUCGAGGUCGAGGAGGGUUCAGUCAACUCUUGCCUUAAUCCUCGCCAUCUUCGUCGCCUUCGCUUUCAUCACACGUUGGAUCGACCUCUUCAUCGUGACAGGAUCACUUCUGCAGAAGAAACUGCAUCUCCUCAACAACACACCUCAGCUACACUCCUCCGACUUCGAUUGUUCCCUAAACUGUUCCGACAUUCCAUCCUUUACUACAACAACCAACCUUGUUUUCAAUUCAUCGGCUGCUCCAUCAUGUCCUGACUACUUCAGAUGGAUCCAUGAGGACUUAAGCCCCUGGAAAGGCGCUGGCAUCGCGAGGGAAAUCGUCGAGGCGGCUAAGAGCGUCGCAAAUGUUCGGAUCACCAUAGUCGACGGCAGACUAUAUGUCGUCAAGUACAAGAAGGCCUUCCAAACCCGAGAUUCCAUUACAUUAUGGGGUCUGCUGCAGCUUCUCAAAUUGUACCCCGGCCGAGUCCCCGACUUGGAUCUCAUGUUCGAGUUUGGAGACAAGACGGUUAUCCAUAAGAACGAAUACGGCCGGAACGCUUCACUGCCUCCGCCGGUGUUCCAUUACUGCAGCGACGAAUCAAGUUAUGACAUUGUUUUCCCUGACUGGUCCUUUUGGGGUUGGCCUGAGGUUAACAUCAAGCCAUGGGAAGAACUGAAAGAGGAACUAAAAGAAGCUAAUGAAAGGAUCAAAUGGAUCGAUAGAGAGCCGUAUGCUUAUUGGAAAGGGAAUGCUAGGCUCGGUCCGCGGAAGGACUUGAUCAAAUGCAAUGCCUCGAAUGGACAGGACUGGAAAGCGCGAAUUUACGACACGACAUGGGCCGAGGAGAAAAAACAAGGGUUCAAUAAUUCUGAUUUGGCUAGUCAGUGCACUCAUAGGUACAAGAUCUACGUCGAAGGAGUUUCGUGGUCCGUUAGCCAAAAGUAUAUCGCAGCUUGUGAUUCAAUGACUUUAGUUAUAAAGCCACAUUAUUAUGAUUUCUUCACAAGAGCUUUGCUGCCCUCAGUUCACUACUGGCCUAUCGGCGAACGCGACAAAUGCAGAGCUAUUAAAUCAGCUGUCGAAUGGGGCAACGCCCAUUCAGACAAAGCACGCGAGAUUGGACAAGCCGGAAGCAGAUUUGUGCAAGAAAGCCUUGCAAUGAAGAACAUCUAUGAUUACAGUUUCCAUGUCUUGAACAAAUAUGCGAAGCUCCUCAAGUAUAAACCUACUGUCCCUGAAGGUGCAGUCGAGAUGUGCUCAGAGACUUUGGUUUGCGCUACUAAAGGACGGAGGAAGCGAUUCAUGAAGCAUUCGGCAGUUAGAAGUCCGGGGGAUUCGCCUCCGUGCAUGCUGCCUCCUUCAUAUGAACCUCGAGGUCUUCUGAACCUCCUCGAAAGAAAAAGAAAUCUGACGAACCAAGUUCAACUAUGGGAAGAACAAGAAAGGCGAUGAACUUUGUAUUUAUAGAAAUUUUCAGAGGAGUUGGCUUUUCUCCAUAAACUGUGAAGAACAGAACGCAAUCUUAUGUUUAUGAUAUCUUCUUCGAUGUCUCAAAAGUGUUCUCAUUUCAAAAUGUUUCCAAGUAACCAGUGGGAUGGAUUUAUCGCAGAGUUGGUUCUCUUUUUUGUGCCAAGAAAUGCAAUAUUUUUUGU